AUGGCAACCCUCAACACCACUCACUGGAAUGACACUACAUCCAUUUCCCAGUAUCUGGGCUUUCAAGUGCAAAAAAUUUACCCUUUCCAUGAUAACUGGAACACUGCCUGCUUUAUUAUUCUGAUCAUAUUCAUCUUUACUGUAGUUUCUCUGGUGGUGUUGGCCUUCCUCUAUGAACUGCUAGACUGCUGCUGCUGUGUGAAAAACAAAACUGUGAAAGACUUGGAGAACGAACCCAAUCCUGUUAGAGCAAUGAUGAACAGCUUCAGAAAGCGUGAAACAGAGGUGGUGUAG